CCCUUUCCCUGUCAUCGUUUAUAGAGAAGAUAGAUAGAAGUGGAAGUAGUCUUCGUCGUACUUUUUCAUUUUUCAUUUCCCAAAUCAAUAUAAAUAAAAUAAAUUUCUGAAAAUUUCUCUGCCCACUCAUUCUUUCUAUUCAUUUUCCUGGGAAAUUUUAAUCUUUUUCUCUUUCCUUUUUCUUUUUUGAAAAAAUGAAAAAUUUCGGAAGCAUGGAUCCAUGGGCACUGCAUGUCAAGAAUUCAACUCAUAGUCCUUUUUGUGUCAGGAACAGUUCAAUGAUUCCCGAGAAAUCAAAUUCCUGGAGUUUUGGAAAAGUUGGGGUAUUCGAGAUUAGGGUUUUGGGGAGGAAGCUCUCUUCUUCUUAUUCUUCUUCUUGCUAUGGGUAUCAUUCGUUGGUUAUCAGAGCCAUGGCCAAGAAGAAUAAUAACGGAAAUGGUGAUCGAUCUAAUCCUGAAGGAGAUGGUUCCAAGGGAGGCAGCUCUUCUGAUGGAAAAAGAUCUAAUGAUAAUGCUUUCCAGAAGUCCCAUCGUAUAAACUGGGAUUGGAGAGAGUUCAGGGCGAAAAUGGUUAUUCAAGAGCAGGCAGAGAUUGCAGAGACUGAUGCUGGCGGCCAAGGUGGGGCAACCCAUGAUUCCAAACCACUUGGCCUGAAAUGGGCCCACCCUAUCUCAGCGCCUGAGACUGGAUGUGUCCUUGUCGCCACUGAAAAACUUGAUGGAGUUCGCACCUUUGAGAGGACAGUUGUUCUCCUUCUCAGAUCAGGAACUAGACAUCCACAGGAGGGGCCCUUUGGAGUUGUCAUUAAUCGGCCACUUAACAAGAAGAUCAAACACAUGAAGCCCACUAAUAAUGAACUAGCAACCACUUUUGCAGAUUGCUCUUUGCAUUUUGGUGGGCCUCUUGAGGCAAGCAUGUUUCUGUUAAAAACAGGAGAGAAGGCAAAGCUUCCUAGCUUUGAAGAGGUGAUCCCCGGCUUGUGUUUCGGUGCAAGAAACAGUUUGGAUGAAGCAGCAGCACUUGUGAAGAAAGGAGUGCUGAAACCUCAGGAUUUCAGAUUCUUUGUUGGCUAUGCUGGGUGGCAGCUGGAUCAGCUGAGGGAGGAGAUUGAAUCAGACUAUUGGUAUGUGGCUUCGUGUAGCUCGAAUUUGAUAUGUGAGGCUUCAUCAGAUUCAUCAUCAGAAAAUUUGUGGGAGGAGAUUUUGCAGCUAAUGGGUGGUCAUUACUCGGAAUUGAGCCGAAAGCCUAAGCAAGACAUGUAGGUAAAAACAAUGGGCUAGAGAAUUUAAGGAAUGGAGUUGGGAGUUAAAAGAGAAACAUAUGCAGCCCAUGCAUUGAUGAAGCAGAAUGUACAGAAACUCUCUUAUUAGUCAGAACAACCCUUUUUUUUUUCUUUUUGGUCCUUAAUCUUUUUCAUUUUCCCCUAAUAACCUUGGUAGUUUAUGGUUAUUGUAUGUAAUAGUACACCUGUUAUUGAAGUAAAGAAAAGUCUCCUUGUUGCAAUUA